GAAAUUUCAACUCAUUCGCCUGUUGACAUCAAAAACAUUUCUGACAAAUUACAUUGAACAGCAAAAUAAGUAUUCUAACAAAAAACAAAAAAUAAGUUAAAGAUGCGCAAACUCCAGAUUCAAGUGCUGACACGUGAUGGACGCAAGAACAUCUUUGAGACGGAUCGCUUUCGGAAUGUCGCCGAUUUGAAGAAGCACAUUGGACGCUCGUUGAAUGUGCCGAUGACAUUCAGCAAAUUGACCUACAAGGGUCGCCUGCUGUCCAAUGACAGCAUCCUUGAGGAUGAGGGCGUUAAGCGUUUGUCCACCUUGGAGCUGUAUUGGCAACCCCUGGUGAUGACGCCCAAACAGUAUCGCGAAAAGGAGAUGGAGCUGGAGAAGCUCGAGCAGAAGCAACGUCAUCUAUCGCGCUUGGCCGACAACUCUGAGGCAACGACAUCGAAGAAGGGCAAUCACGAACGUGUUUCGAUCGGUUCUCGACCGACACGUGGCGCGGAACAGCUACAGGAGAAGCCAUCAUCAAUCGAAGAAGAUGCGAAGCUGGUGUCCAAGGCAACCGAGGAACCAAACUCCGAGUCGUCGGAGGAACUUGAUUUUCUAUCGGUUUAUUGGUGCUGUCCCAAAAAAGUCACUUCACGAAUCGGAAACAAAGCUGGAACUGGGACAGGAACAGCAGCAAGUACAGCAGCAGGCAGCAGCUAACACUGAGGAGCAGAAACAUCAGUCGGAGAGUUCAUCAUCCUCCAGCUUGUACCACGACUCCGAGGAGGAGCAAACGUUGGCUGAAGUGCGAAGCCAGCGCUGCUUCUGCUGCAAUCCAACUGUUCGCCCUGGAAGUGCGUCUUGCGGCUGGUCGCAUAUCGCACAGCAUCAUCUUCAACAUUCGAAAGCAUCAAAAGAAUUGUCAGGAAUUGAAAAGGAAAUGAAUGAAAUCACCUAGAAGUUAGAUCACGAAUCACGCACAAUCGUUUCAUAUGUUAAUUACGUUACAAAUUUGGUUUGGUUUUCGAUUCGAUGAACAAAAUUCGCAUCUGUAGAAUCUGAGACGCAUCUUGAUAAAUACAGAAAUUCAAAAUGUUGGACAAAUCUGAUAUGAUAUGUAAAAUAUAUUCCAAUGUGUAUAUUAUCACUUGACAUUGCGCAUAAAGUUGAAGAGAAGCCUAGAAUAACAAUUCAUU